CCCAGCCAUGGCCGACGCGGAGGGCGAAGACGAGCCGGGUGUCUCCGCUUCUCACGUAGGUUCCUCCGUCUCUAAGGCAGGCGGCGCCGACAAGAUGUUCUCGCUGAAGAAGUGGAACGCGGUAGCCAUGUGGAGCUGGGACGUCGAGUGCGACACCUGCGCCAUCUGCCGGGUGCAGGUCAUGGAUGCCUGUCUAAGAUGUCAAGCUGAAAACAAACAAGAGGAUUGUGUUGUGGUCUGGGGAGAGUGUAAUCAUUCCUUCCACAAUUGCUGCAUGUCACUAUGGGUGAAACAGAACAAUCGUUGCCCACUCUGCCAGCAGGACUGGGUAGUUCAAAGAAUAGGCAAAUAAAAUCCCUGCCAGUUCUUCUACUGAACUUAUUUAGAACAUUAAACAACUGAUGCCGUAUUCCCCUGAGAAAAAGGACUACUCAUUAUGUGGCAGAACUUAUUUAUUUAGGUCUACAGAGUUUUAUGACCUUGGUUUGAAAACUUUGUGUUGCUUUCCUGAUCUAUUGGAUUCGUCUGCAGGAUUGUUCUUGCAAGAACACACAUGCAUAAUAUUGAAGAAUAUAUCUAAAUGUUUGCUGUGAACUCUAUCAAAUUGCUUAGGAAUGCUUUAGGGUUGAUAAAGCCCACAACUACAGUAUAAUCUAAGCAAUUACGGCUGAAGUACCACUGUUUUUUCUGGAAACUGAGUUAUUUAACUGAAAUAAAUAGGUGUGGACACAUUUCAUUUUUACAUUUUGCUUUGUUUCUUUAAGGUAAAAACUUUCUGUUAGGUUCUGAAUACUGUCUGUUUCUAUGGUAUUUUAAAGGUUAAAUUGAAUUUGGGAAUUUACUGUCCUUUAAAAAUAUGUACUUUAAUCCACAGUAUUAAAACAUU